GCCUCACUGUGGUACACGGUCGAAUAUGCGCAGCUGUUACUCCCGAGGGCUCUCAUGAACAAACAGGAGACUAUUUCCUGUUAGCAACGGACGCUUGUGCCUUGUUUCCAAGACGCAAAAGGGACUGUCUCUGUCACAACCUAAAAAUGGGAGAACAGCUGAAAUUUAUCGUUGAGCACUUGAACAAAGAACCAUUCAAGAAAAACUUUAAUCUCAUCACAUUUGACUCAGUGGAGCCAAUGCAACUGCUGCAGAUCCUCAAUGAUGUUCUUGCAGAAAUCGACCCAAAGCAAGGAAUUGAUAUCCGUGAAGAGUCGAAUGAACAGACAGCAAAGAGAAUGUUUAAUAUACUGGGAAUGCUUAAAUACAAACCUCCUGGAAAUGUGUCUGAUCCGAGUAGUUUCAGACAGGGCCUGGUCAUCGGCAAUAAACCGGUGAUCCACCCUAUCCUUCACUGGCUACUACAGAGGAUCACAGAGCUGAAGAAGAGGGCUUACCUGGCUCGCUUCCUGGUUAAACUGGAGGUGCCAGCGGAGUUUCUGCAGGAUGAUGUCGUCACUGACACCUAUAGUCAGUAUGAAGAACUUGUCGAAGCGUUCAAGACCUACCACAAGGAGAGCGAGCAGCUGAAGAUCUCUGGAUUCUCCACGGCAGAGAUCAGAAGGGACAUUGGUGCCAUGGAGGAGGAGAAGGACCAGCUGAUCAAGCGGGUGGAGAGGCUGAGGAAGAGGGUGGAGUCGGUGUCCAACCACCAGCGGAUGUUGGAGCUGGCUAGACAACUUCGUGUGGAGAAGGAAAGAGAGGAGUCACUGGCUCAACAGAAACAGGAGCAGAAGAACCAGCUCUUCCAGGCUGAACAAAGACUGCAGAGGUCUCAGCUGCAGCUAAAAGACCUGCGACAGACAGCAGCAGAUGCCAAGCCAGAAAGUUUAAUGAAGAGGCUUGAAGAGGAGAUCAAGGUGAACGCCUACAUGGUGUCUGACAAGCUCCCCAAGGAGCUGGAGACGAAGAGGCGCAUGGUGCAGUACCUGCAGAAGGUGGUGUCUGAGCCGGCCAUGGGCCAGGCGGAGCUACAGGAGCUGGAGCACAAGAUUCGAGAAACCAACGUCCAGAUAAAUCAGCUGAUUGAGAAGAAAAUGAUGAGGAACGACCCCAUGGAUGACAAACUGUCACUCUUCAGACAACAGGCCUCCAUCAUCGUGCGCAAGAAGGAGGCGAAGGCGGAGGAGCUGCAGGAGGCGCGGGAGGAGCAGCUGGGAGCAGAGAGGGAGCUCACCCAGAAGAACAGCCAGGCUCGAGACCUGGUCGGGGACCACGUGAUCCGGGGAGAUGAGUUUAAGCGUUUCGUUGCUAAGCUGCGCAGCAAGGGUACGGUGUACAAGAAGAAGCGUCAGGAGAUCGCGGAGAUGAAGGCCGAGUUUGGAGUCCUGCAGCGGACCGAGGAGGUCCUGAGGCAGAAACACGAGGCGGGGCAGCAGCAACUGCAAUCUGUGGAGGCUCAAAAGGGGAUCUCAGGCUACAGCGACACCAAGGACGAGCUGGAGAGGGUAUCAGCCAUCAAGAGCGAGCUGGAUGAGAUGAAGGGCCGCACGCUGGAUGACAUGUCUGAAAUGGUGAAGAAGCUCAACUCUGUGAUCGUGGAGAAGAAGUCUGCCCUGGCGCCCGUCAUCAAGGAGCUGCGGCCCCUCAGACAGGAGUGUCAGGAGCUCACCCAGGAGUAUGAGGAGAAGAAGGCGCAGUAUGACAGCUGCUCUGCAGGCCUGGAGAGUAACCGCUCCAAACUGGAACAGGACGUGCGGGCACUGAGGGAGGAGAACGCGCAGGAGGAAAACCGAUACCACUACGUCAACUGCAUGAAAGAGAUCAUUGAGAUGCAGAGGCAGCGGGCCGUGGACGAGAUGAAGGCCUAUGUGUCUCCUGACCCCCAGGAGCGGAGGAAGGCCAUCAGGGAACAGUAUAUGAAGAACAUCGGGGAGCAGGAGUCCCUGGGCAAGAAGCUACGCGAGAGUCAGAAGGCUGUGCGGGAGAGCCACGGCCCCAACAUGAAGCAGGUGAAGAUGUGGCGCGACCUGGAGCAGCUGGUGGACUGUAAGCGCCAGUGCUUCCUCAGGGCCCAGAGCCAGGCCUCCAUAGGUCAGGUGAUCCAGGAGGGGGGAGAGGAUAGGCUGGUGCUGUGAGGGGACCGUUUCGGUUGUAUCAACUCUUUUGGUGUUAGUAGUACCAAGACCCUGACCUAGAACAAGCCAAGGAGCUCUCAACCACUACAUAUGGUACUACAGACAAUCCAUGUCUAAUGAAAUGGAGAUGGGUUAGAUCAUUACUCUACAUAUUUAAAAAUACUUUUUACUAUACUGUUUAAAUACUGUUUCUUAUUUAAAUGAUUUCAUUAGUCCGUUAGCUUGUUGUAAUUGACGUAAGCAGUGGGGAUCUUGGUGAAAAUGUUUUCGCUGCAGAAUCUUACUGUAAGAUUGGUCCAAUUACAAAGAAUCUUUAUCUCUGACUGAAUCAUAUGAUUGAGUGGAGCUCCCUGGUUUGAAAGUGGAGAUAACACGUGAUUCUGAGAGUGCAAGUGGGUUAAGAAGAUGACAUUUCCUUUGCACCUUGGCUUCAAAAAAAUUCACAGCCUCAAUUUGAACACAUCUUUAAGAAUACAGCUGCUAACAAUGUGUCUAAAGAUAACAGAGUACAAAGUGUUGCACUUAGGAAGAGGCUGCACUGUGCUAUAUUGGGAAUCAGCAGAUAUGACCUUGGCAGCAAAGCUGGCCAAUUUUGGAAUUCUACAGGACCUCUGUCAAAUCAAAGCAGCCAGGGCAGUAAACUCUUUUUUUUGUCUGGCAUAGUGUACCAUUUAUUAGUGAAUUUCAUUUUCUAUAUUUAAAUGUUACGCUCCUACUUUUCAACAGAAUGAGAAAUGUUCUUUCUUUAUUUGGACAUAAGGAUUUUGGAAAGUUGUAUUGUAUUUUUUCAAUAAACAAAAGCUAUAUUAAUACAAAAAUUAAAUUGACUCACAGGUUUAUUAGUGCAGAAGAAAACUUCCAUGCCAUGCCUAUUUUUAUCUAGCAAUUAUAAUUGUGUGCGUUGUUUCCACCUACGUAUUAAACUAAACCGUACAAUCUG